AUGCCGAAACGGAAAAACGAGGAAAGUGUCGAAUCUCUUUCGAAACGCCUCAAGGAACUCGAAAGACAUUUGAACAUAGCACGUCGUAUACGACGUAGUUCGGAAUCAUCUUCGAGUUCCACAUCCAGUUCCUCGACGCCAUCUUCGAAGAGCGAGCAGAUAAUUUCGGAUUAUCGAAAAGAUCAGUCUUCGGGACUGUUUCGCCACAUGAUACUUAUCGGCAUAUACAAAAAUAAUGCACUCAGGGUGUUCGCUGGUCCAUCCAACGUAAUACCACCAAUUAUUUUUAGAACGCCGUUGAUACCCUGUCCUGAGGAAACUGGCGAAUCAAAUGAAGAUGGUAACAAUCUGUCUGAAUUAAUAGACAUAUUGGGCGCUGACCCAUCAGUAGCUCAAGAGUUCGGUGACGAAAUUAACAAGGAGGUGGCUAGUAGAUUUGAACAUAUAGCAACAACAGGCUUAGAAAAGCAAGUAAGGCAAGAAUUAAUACAAAAGUUUUUAGUGCCUUCUAACUGCACAAAGAUUGCUGCUCCAAUGCUUAAUGCUGAGAUAAAAGCAGCAUCUGGAGAAACCGUGGUGAAAAGAGACAAAGCCAUUGAAUAUAGACAGAAACAGCUUGCAGCGGCCAUCGCUGGCAUUGGUCAUUUGCUGACAUCUCAAUUAAAGAUCAAAGAAAACAACCACCUUUCGAAACAACUAAUGGAGAUUGGACAAGCAAAAAUCGAAGACUUUAAACUGGAAGGCGGGACCCUCAGCUCGCAGCCAGCCGAAGGGUCCAACCCAGAAGACACAGGUUACAGCACCAGCCAGUCAGCGCGCAGCCUCGUCGCACAAGUCAUCACAUCGGCUCAAGUCGACUCGCCGCCGCUAAAUCCGCAACCGGAACAUAGAGUCCAGCGUUACCCUGGUUGCAGGAGUCUUAUCAGCACGGCGCUGCUGCAGCGCUGCGUCCCUCCUUCCGCGGUAAAUAUCAUGUUAGCGUCCUUAUCAGAAAGUACAUUGAAACAAUAUGAUGUGUGCUUUAGACGCUGGUACACAUUUUGUGUAGACAAUGCAAUUGAUUUAUAUAACACAUCAGUUCCUGUAAUUAUUGAUUUUCUUACCAAUUGCUUUAACUCGGGCAGCCAAUACGGUACCAUAAACAGUUACCGGUCAGCCCUCGCACUUAUAUUAGGGCCAAUAUCUGAGGAUGAUCGUAUCAAAAGAUUUUGUAAAGGGGUGUUUAGACUUAGACCUCCAAUGCCACGCUAUAAUAUCACAUGGGAUGUGGCAAAGGUUCUAAACUAUUUGGAAUCCUUCUUUCCAAACGACUUAUCGCCAUUAAACCAACUUUCAAUGAAAUGUACGACCUUGCUUGCGCUUGUGACAGCUCAUAGGGCUCAAACGCUUGCUAAGAUCAAUGUCAAUAAUGUAAUGAUCCUGUCAGAUCAAAUAGUAAUUAAAAUAUCAGAACUUAUAAAAACCUCUAGAGCAGGUAUUAAUCAACCAACUCUUUAUUUACCGUUCUUUGAAGAACGACCUCAAAUAUGUCCAGCCAAAACAUUAAUUGCGUACACAAAUAAAACAAGAGAAUUGCGCAAAUCUGAUAUACUCUUUAUAGGGCUUAAGAAACCUCACAAUUCUGUAACAGCUCAAACGCUGAGUCGUUGGAUUAAGUUAACUUUGAAAAAUAGCGGAAUCGACACUUCCAUCUUCUCGUCGCAUAGCACAAGACAUGCUGCGACUUCCUUAGCCUAUAAGUCAGGCGUUAGCCAAGAUACGAUAAGAAAAUGUGCCGGAUGGAGUGGCAAUUCCACUACCUUCGCCAAAUUCUACAAUAGAACUAUUGUUAACAUAGAUAAUGAUAACACGGCUCUAGCUAGAACUAUCUGUCGAUCAAAUCAAGUGUGA